AUGUUUCUCAGUUUUUGUCUACUGGUGACAUUUUUCUUGGGGCUGACCGGGUGCUUUGGCUCAUAUGUACCCUGCGAGCCGUGUGACCAGAAGGCGCUCUCUAUGUGCCCCCCGGUCCCCGUCGGUUGUCAACUCGUGAAGGAGCCUGGCUGUGGUUGCUGCCUAACCUGUGCCCUAUCGGAAGGUCAGGCGUGCGGUGUUUACACCGGAACAUGCACCCAUGGCUUGCGCUGCUUGCCGCGGAAUGGAGAGGAGAAGCCCCUUCACGCGCUCCUCCAUGGCAGGGGGGUGUGCACGAACGAGAAAGGAUACAAACCCCUCCAUCCACCCAUAGGUAAGAAGACGCAGUGAAUGCAUGCGAUUAGGGGAGCCACGGAAGAUGGGGCUGUGUAAAAUACAACAGCAUGAUAUUGUCGCAGGGUUGAAAUUCAGUUUCAGCUAUACUGGCCCCGGUAAAUGGAAUUGUAGACGUUUUGUUUCGUUUUGGAAUCCACAUUUGAAAUAACUGCACAGGUAGCCUACAUGAGCUUCUCAUAUACGCGCAAACUGUCCGAUUUGUCAGUCUUAAUGCGGCAGGCUUUAUAGUGAAUCUGGGUCUUUAUUCAAUCGCAAACUGUAUCCGUUUCAUCACAAUGCCACAAUAACAGCACGUGCACAUAAUAACACCGCUAUUGCGUAGACUUCCAUAGCAAUAGGUAGUUUGAUAUAAAUGAAUGCAAAUAGGCAUACUGGUGAGCUGUUUUGAGUGUUGAUCUUAUUUGUGCGGGUCUGUGUGUAAAACCAACAUUCACUAUAAGUUGCUGCUGACGCACUUGUCAGUUUAGUUUUGAGUGAGUUUGUGUGCGCAGCGGUGGGCUGUGCUGCUCUCAAACUUGCAGUCGCAGUAUUGUGUUCGUUAUGAAUACAGUAUGGUAGACUCAAAGCGUUCUGCUGCAUGCUUGUUUACAGGGCUGUGUCCCUGCCUCGCCACAGACAGACACGUGCCUGUCUGGACUUCCAUUCUUGUGUGAGAACACAUUGUAGCCAAUGUGGUAAUACGUCAUUGCUGCUGUUCUAAUUAGUUAAAUCCCCUUUCACUUUGUUGGACACCUGCAUUUCUUGCAAACAUAAUUGCGGCCUGCAAAGAAUAUUAAUAUUUUCCAACAUAUAAUGACCCAUCCCAUUCUCUUCUGGGAUACACCAGGAGGUGCCGUUUCUGCAGGUACCGGAUUAUAUUUAAAUCGCAGACUCCAACUCCGAUGGUUUUGUGUACAAUCCCAGUGCUAGGCACUCGUUUAUUGUUUUUGUGUUUUAAGCCUUUACCAAACCUUAACUCUUAACUUAACCACUCCGAAUUAAUGCUUACACGUAUGUUUAGCCCUAACCUUAACCAUUCUGAAUGAAUGCCUACAUUUAAAUUUUAGUUUCACUUUUGCCGAAUUUGACUGACAGCUAAAAUAUGGCACCACAUGGUGUAAUUAAAACCUCAAACCAUGGUUUAAUUCUGUUGCUGCAGUUUUAUUUGGAGAUUGGGUUGUAAUAUCCGGUCUUUCUUAUUGUAAUUGACUGAAGAGGGCUCUGUUCCUGGCGCUAUGGACCUUGUCAAAACUGAAUUGAAGUUUAGCCCCUGUGGGUGGUGUUGAGAGAUGGAUUACCACUCAAAGAUCACAUCUGAUGGUGUGUGUGCAUGAGUCUGUGGACGUGUGUGCACAGUGGGGCAAGUGGAGUUAGGUUUGAAUUAACUAAACAUCAACAUUUAGAGGUCACAGAUGGUAUUAGAUGAUUCAUGAUUUAGAGUGUCACUUGUUACCAGAACCUAUUAGGCUAAAUACACGUUUUGGUGACAAGCCACAUUUGAUUAAUGCUAGUGGUUUAGGCCUAUUCUUUGUUUGGCCAGGUUGAAAGACUCAUGCUAUGCUUUGGCUACACCCUACAUGUACUGUACCUCCCUUGGGGGACAUGCAUGAAAUCACCAAAAAAAAAAUGGAAUUCAGCCCAUUCAAGAGGUCACCAUUGUCUGUAGUAAUGGCAGCAAGGCUAUACAUAACAUCCCACAAAUACUUGCAGCAAUAACUGAAAUAAACCCAAGUACAUUUGUCUAGAAUAAAAGUAGCACUCUGAUCCAGGACAUUGAAUUCCAACACGCACUCUGUCUGAAGCCUGUGGGUGUGUGUGUGUGUGUGUGUGCAUGCAUUUGUGUAUGUGUGCGAAUGCUGACUUCUGUGGUAACCGGAGCGCGGCCGUCUUCCUGCCCCUGACCAGGCGCAGUGCAGUGAUUCAGCAGAAUGCCUCCGGUUGCUCUUCUCUGAAGGGCCGUCCAUCAAGGGCUCCUCUGAUUGGAAUUAGACAUGAGCCUUCAGUUUCCUGCCGGGUAGUGUUUCAACCUGCUCUGAUCAGCUGGCAGACACAGAGAGGACAGGUCAAGUGUCCAAAGACGGAUCCUCAGGGGUCCCAAUAGUUUCCAUCUCUGGGCUGCAUUCAUGCAAUUCUACUGCAUCCUAGCAGAAAAAAAAGCCACUUUGGAACCAGUUGAAACAAUCUACAUAUUAUAAAGGCUUUAUGCUUUUAAAGGGGGACUGCCACUUUAAAUACCAGAUCUGUUUCUUGAAGGAGAGGGAAUAACAUUGAAUUAUCUCUCUAUUUCUUUCUCACAAAUGUAUUGGCAUGACAUGGGUAUAACAAUGUAAUGCGAUGUCGCCAAACUACACACUACUCAGUUGUCUCUCUCUCAUCUCUACAGAAGUCUGGUGUCACCCAGCAUCUUUUGUUGACUGUUGAGUUGUGUUCCAAGGAAAUGGUGCAUAGCUCGGAUGGCUGGGCAUAGGAGUUGGUUUGUGUUGCUGGCCACUCAGUUCACUGUGUUAGCCCAGAAGAACAAGAACCUAGAACGCCUGCCAACAGAUAUGAUUCCAUGCCAACAGAUAUGACUCCAUGCCAACAGAUAUGACUCCAUGCCAACAUAUAUGAUUCCAUGCCAACAGAUAGGACUCCAUGCCAACAGAUAUGACUCCAUGCCAACAGAUAUGAUUCCAUGCCAACAGAUAGGACUCCGUGCCAACAGAUAUGACUCCAUGCUAACAGAUAUGACUCCAUGCCAACAGAUAUGACUCCAUGCCAACAGAUAUGACUCCAUGCCAACAGAUAUGAUUCCAUUGCAACAGAUAUGACUCCAUGGCAUAAGGCCCCUUGCUCUCUGAGCUUGUGAAAGAGCCUUAUGUUUGAACAGAUUGCCCUUUGCCAAGAAACAAGAAGAUGAUUAAAGAGAGUGUAUAAAUCUAGAAAGCUUGACUUGCACAUCAACAAGCACGUUGUGCUUUAUAAACACAGCAUCAACACAAAUGCAGCUUCUGCCAAAGCCCAAAAAGAACAGAACCAUUUUGAGUUCUGGGUUUCUUUUUGUGCGCCAAGAUAUAUCUUAAUUUUUUUGCCUAUUUGGUGGUGCAUUUACAAGUUUUUGUGCAAUCACAAGCCAAUGCGAAGAAGCCAGUUGUUUGUCACCUGUCCUUGUUACCACAAUUUACAAUGGGACUAAAUAAAUGCUGGCACCCAAAAUGUGGUGUUAACCUGACAGCUUAAUGCAUGUGCCAAGUGAUUUGUGGCUCUGUACUCUUUUUUGAAAGGACAGAACUAAGGGGGUUAUUAAGUAAUAUUUUUAAGAUACAGCCCCAGCCAUCUUAGGGAAACAUUUUACAGUAGCAGGGUCAACUUCAAGUAUUUAUUUUUUCGUGUGUUCCUGUAAUAACCGCCCUCCCUCAUACAGCUCCUGGAUGCUCCACACCAAUUGUCCUCAUGUGAACUGAACGGACAGACCAGCAGAAUGCCAGCAUGGGUUGGUUUUGGUUAGGGUUACACAUUGCCACUGCAUUGUUAUAUUCCCAAAUACAUCGGACAAUCUCCCUUAACAAAGAGGCCAAUGACGAUCCACUUUGGUGUGAGGCAGCUUGGUUGGCCUAUCUACUGUAGAUGGUAUACUAGAACACCUGCUGUACAUUACACACAAAUGGCCCUAUCAGUCCUGGUCCAGUUCAACCAGAGAUGGCCACAGCUGUUUGACGGUUUAAUUGCUAGGUCAUAAGGAGAAGACCAUUGCUGAGGGUGAUUUUACAACUCACUCACCCUGAACCCCCUCCUCGCAGAAGUGGAUGUUGUUAAACGCUAAAUAUAACCAACCUCUUCAGAUUGAUGUGAGACAGUUUAUCAUGAAAUCUUCCUUGGUGUAGGUUCUGGUUUUCUAGAAUGCUGUGCCAUGGACACGCAUGUGUUAAUCAUGGGAAACAAAUGGUCAAUGUAAGGUCUACAAUCAUGCUCUAGGGCCAAGCUAUGACACUGUUCCCAUGCACAGUAUUCAAGCUAGAGAACUUACUUGGCAGUUGGCACACUUGAAUGAGUUCUUCCAGUGAAGUUUUACAGCAAUCAGUCUAGCAUGUAUCUGACACCAGUGGAGGCUGGUGGUAGGAGCUAUAGGAGGACGGGCUCAUUGUAAUGGCUGGAAUGGAAUCAAUGGAACGGAGUCAAACAUGUGGUUUCCAUAUGUUUGAUGUGUUUGACACCGUUCCAUUUAUUCCAUUCCAGCUUUUUCAAUGAGCCUGUCCUCCUAUAGCUCCUCCCACCAGCCUCCACUGGCUGACACUUACACCAGGGUCGUGCUCAGUAGAGAACAACAAACGCUUUGCCAAGGACAACAAAAAUUAACAGGUUCAAAACAAAGAAGGUUCAAAACAGGAACCAACAACACAAACAUACUGUACUUGUGAUGAGUGUGAUUAGAAGGAGUCAGGAGGGUACAUCACCGAAUACAGAGUUUAUUCCGUCGUACACAGUUGAGCUGGAUAGCGGCAACAAAAUACAUGCACAGGGGAACAACCUACCCCGGCAAUACAAGGUACGAGUAGCUACACUCAACUCACAUAAAACAAUCACCCACAAGGACAAGGGGGCAGAGGGAACACUUAUACACAGACUAAUGAGGGGAUAUGACCCAGGUGUGUGUAAUUGACAAGACAAGACAAAUGGAAUGAUGAGAUAUGGAGCGGCAGUGGCUAGACGGCCGGUGACGACGAACGCCGAAGCCUGCUCGACCAAGGAGGGGAGGCAGCCUCGGCGGAAGUCGUGACAGUACAGCAUGAAGCUUUGAACCAACAACACACACAUAUUGUACAACAAACAUACUGCACUGAAUGAAGCAGUAACAUCAUGGCCACCUUGUCCAACCAAAUCUGUUUUUUUUUAGCACUGCCAAAGGGUGUGUUAAUAAAGAUGCCACCUGAAUUUUGAUGACACUUUUUAUAACGACUCAUUUUUUUAUUUAAAGCAGAAAGAAAAGCUCUAAAGACCAAUGCUACAUUUCAUCUGUAAAUAAUUCGUUUUGGAGAUGUAAUGAAGACAUCUUCUAUUAAGGCACGUGUUGUUGGAAGCAAAUCAGGUAGUAGGGUCUAAAAGUGUCAAUAAAGUGAAUGGAAAAUAUAUAAUUCUGGAUAAGUUUAACAUGGCUUUGAUUUGACCAUCCACCAGCACUUAACAUUGGACACUAACUCAACACCUAUUUUAGUUGACGAUGUCACAGGACUAAUGACAACAAACCAACGUGUUCUUCUAAAGGUCGUCCGCGUGCUUCCCAUCCGAAACAGUUCGGGACAGUUUGUGCAUGUAUUAUGAUUACAUUUUGUGACGUCUUUGUUUGUUUUGGUAUACAGCAAGGGUUUUUUCAGCUGUUCGUGCACACAAAAAAUGUUCCUGAAGGCAAGCCAAAGUCGGUAGCUGAAGUCUACGCCCCUUCGUCGGUGAUUGGUCAACAGUAGGGAUUCUUCAAUGAAGUGUUUGUUGUCAUUCAACAAGAGACGACUCGUUUUCAGCUCAUUUUUUCACUUGAGAAAUACUGCAUCAAACAUCUUAGAUUAUGAGACUAAGAUCUCCUCUGCAAAAACUUCAAAAUUAAUGACAGAUUUCUUGAGUUAUCUUAGAUUAAAUCAGACUAUUUUGAGGAAGUGUAUACUGGCUAUGGCGUCUCAAUAUGGACAAACAGUACUAUUGCUGCUUUUUUCUUGUUUUUCAAGCCGAACCGAAGCAUGCAGUGGUUGAGUUGUGCCACAACGAGUAAGCAUUUUGCAAGGCCAUUCGAUGUGGAAUUGAAUGUUCUCCAAUGGCUGUACAUUUUGUUUAGAUCCUUACAGAAUGAAUGCUCUUGGUCUGGAUCACCUACCUCUAAUUGAAUGACUGAAGUGCAGUGUUUCAUUCUGGUCCAAGGGUUUUCCAUAUCUCCUUCUCUGUGCUACUGUGGUAGAGGUAUCAGGUCAUGGAUUCUGUCCUGAAGCCUUGAAAUAUUAAGCAGCGGGAUCAGACUGGGGGAGUCGUGGUUGGCCAGUGUUGUGACUUAAAAGAUAAUGACAGAGGACUUCCUGCUCCGUUAUCACUAUCUCACCGCAUACCCCCGUCCGUCCGUCCUCUGGAUUAACAGCACCUCUACUCAAGACCUAGGAUCUUGUAAAGGUGUAAUUUCAGAGGGUGUUCUGUGCUAGCAACAUAGCCAUUGACUAGGAUACACUCAGUGGUGUAAGGUGUGUGAGCCAAUGAGAAUUUAUGCAUCUCAUUGUUGUGCCGCAUUUUCCACCCCAAGUUGUAUGACUGGAUUCAUAACGACUGGCUGAGAGAGAGAGACACAACUGAAAGAAGGGUGGCUUGUCUUUCAUACUUAGGCUUCCUGGCUGCAAGAAACUUGGGAUAUUCAUGAAGCAUAAUUGCCCUGCGCACAUGUAAAUUUUUAAACAGAGGCAUAUCAGUUGCACAUUGUUUGCCUGUUCCGUUCGUCUUGUGUUAAUGAAAACUUUAGCGCGAGCAGUGGGAGAGAUACCAAUACCUCUUCAGCCUGGGCUGAAUGGAGGGGGCUGCACGUGACCUUGCUGUCUUGGCUGGAGGCCAGCAUCUUGGCAGGGUUUCAGAACUUAAACACAGGCCUACUAAGCCUCUUUUACAAGCUGGGGACCUUAAGCAUGGAAAAACUGAGUUUUUGAGAGAAAGAGAGACUCCAAUUGUCUGCAAACAUUCUGUCUCCAUGUCUUUGAAUUGCAGGCACAGCUUGUGAAUUGGAAGUACAACAGCAUUUUAUUUGAUGUUCUGAAAUAAUUCUCAACACUAAACUGUGUAAUAAUAGUUAUAUAUAUAUUUAAAGGGUUGAUGUUCAUUUUUCACCAUCAAAUGAUAUGAAGAAAACCCUUCUACCAUCCCAUAUUUCAAUAGAACAUCCAAUAUAAACAUCCAACAUUUCCUCACAAGCCUACAGUAUACACACAAGUAUCACAAACUCUCAUCUCCCUCACUCAUGACUUACUUGAGCUAAUGAGCUUGUUUCUCAAAUCAUACUGCUAAUGUAAUUGGAGUGCUGACAUUUUUCCAUCUGAUAUUUCUCCACCCAAAUCAUGUUAGGCUAAAUGUGAAUGUCAUGAAUCAUGAUGAGACCUGGCAGUAUUUUCGGAAGAUGCUCAAAUGUCUAGAGUCAAUAUCACAAGUGACUCCCAUGCUGCAUGUAAAGUAGGCCAAUGACGUAGUGUGUCUUGUAUUUGUAAAAUGGAAGGGGGGGGUGCAUUCUCCUGUUUGUGGUAGGUGAUUCUGAAAAUGGUUUGUAGAAUCACGGAAUCAUUAUUGAAGGCUUGAGACACUUAAAUGUAAAGGUAUGCAGCAUUGUCAUCAGAGGUACUUUGAAUAAACUGGUCAAAUGAAAGUUUUUUUCCCCCCAGCAUCCAGGCAUCGAGCACGUAGGAAAGCUCAUUUGACAAACUUAUUUCUAGCAUUUUAUAACCCUGGCGGUCUGAACAGGGAGAGUCGAGGACGUAUCCAAACACUGAGAGCCGCCUUCAAAGUCAUGAGUUGUGAGAUUGAUUUCAAAGCGAGGACGGCAGUUCAGAUACCAGGGUCCCAAUUCCAGUAAUCAUCCUCCCUUCAUCCCCCAACUCACCCCCUCCCAGACACCCCUGCUGCGUCCAGACUCAUCAGACGUCAAUUCCCGGGAAUACACCUCUCAGUGGCGACAUGCCUCCCCUAUUUCCAAGGUGGCCAUGUAAGUCCAGUCCAAUGGCGCCUAUACUUAAUUAAGAAAACAUUGAAAUGUGGUUUGUUUCAAUUAUUUUUAAUCAUCCCCCUCUUCAGCUGUCUGUCGAUGUCUCGUGGUUGUCUCUCCCCAACAAUACUUGGCACAUUCACUCAGCACCAGAAUUCCAACCACGCCCUCCCCCAUGGCCACCGCUGCACUGGAUAAAUAUAACCUCGGUCGUCUACAGGCACUGCGGCCACUCGCCAGUUGGGGCCUGGCAAAAUCUCAUGACAGUGCCUUUGGGGCCUGGUAAAAUCUUAUGACAGUGCCUUUGGGGCUUGGUAAAAUCUCAUGAAAGUGCCUUUGGGGCCUGGCAAAAUCCCAUGACAGUGCCUUUGGUGCUUACGAUAGAGUAAGCACAAGCAGGAGAGGCGCGCUCAUCUCUGUGGCCUAAGAGAACCUCAUGCAGGCUAGUGCUCUUGGCUUACGGGGGCUGAGCCCCAAGGAGGGAACGGGGGGGAGAGGGGAUAAGGGAUCAGGACCCCAAAUCUCUAGGCUGGGGAGACCUCCAUAUGUACCUCUAGGACUGUAGUGGACUGUAGUGCCCUCUGGGGGGUGGGAUGGGGUAGGGGGAGAGCAGUGGCCUUUCUUCCUGGCUUCAGGGUAUUUUAUAGUACUAAAUUCUGUUUCUUGAUAUGAAAUGAUACAGUACAUUCAGACUAGGAUGUGCUCACCUCUGCCGUAGGCUUCAGUUGCCAUGGCUCCUCAGUUACUAUGACAUCAACGUCUCCAAGUAUGAUCUGUGAAAGAUAUGAAGUCUUUGAAUAGCCCUAAUUAUAUUUGUCUUUGCAGGGACUUGCCAGAUACUGUAAGCAUGUAUUACCAAAAUAGCGUAUGAUCAACCAAAUAGGCCUCUGUGUCACACAAAAAAACUCCACAUACCUCCUUAAUAAGAAAUAGAAGGGACUGAGCUAAGAUUUGGUCUUUUUCGGUCAGCAUUCAGACUUGUUUAACCAGACUUACUUGCUUUGCUUUGACCUCCAUUAGUAGAUGCUGGAUGUUUUUUAUGGUGGGAGCUGGGGUGAAGUAGUGUUAGAGGUAGUUAAUCAGCUGUCGAUCCUUGAUCCUGCCCCCUCCUUUGUAAACAAAUGGAAAAGCAACAUUUGUUGGCCCAAACCCUGGGAAAAGCAUCUGGUAGUCCAUAUUUUCGUUUGGGCAAGAAUAGCUUUUUGAACAUUUUAGGUGGGGGUAAUGUGACAAGUAUGCCCUGUCUUGCCCCUGUGUAGAUCAUGAGUCUCUGGAACACGAGGACACCCUGACCACUGAGAUCACGGAGGACCAACUGCAGCCCGCCAAAGUGCCCCUCCUCCCCAAGCAGGACCUUAUCAACAGCAAGAAGAUCCAGGCAAUGCGCAAGGACAAGGACCGCAAGCGGGCACAGGCCAAACUGCGCUCCAUUGGCCCCAUGGACUACUCCCCACUACCCAUUGACAAGCACGAGCCAGAGUUUGUAAGUACAAGACUGGAGAGAAGGAAAGACGGGGGCUCAUGCUAAUGUUGUGCUGAUACUGAUGCUGAGGUUGUUAGUGUUGUCCAACUCUGAUCCUGGGAGAGCUGACUGAGUGCAGGAUUUUGUUCCACCCAUGGUGCUAGCACUGGGAGCUAAUGUUAGUUGUGCCGUUCCUCCACAGGGUCCUUGCAGGAGGAAGCUGGAUGGGAUCAUCCAGGGAAUGAAGGACACAUCCCGUGUCAUGGCCCUGUCCCUGUACCUUCCCAACUGUGACAGGAAGGGCUUCUUCAAACGCAAACAGGUGAGCAGUCUCCCUCUGUCAGCAUCCUUAUUCAUGGUUUAACACAUCAGUUAUACAUAUUAAUAAUAUUCAUGCUUACACUGUCUUUCUCUCUCUUUCUUUGUCACCUGUCGUUGCACAUCGAUUGCCUCCACAGUGCAAGCCCUCUCGCGGCAGGAAGCGGGGCAUCUGCUGGUGCGUGGACAAGUACGGCUCGCAGGUACCAGGCACAGACUACAGCGGGGGAGACAUCCAGUGCAAGGACCUGGAGAGCAGCAGCAUCAACGAGUGAAUAGGCGGCUCCACCCCCGCCCCGAUCACCUGACCCAGGGCCCCACCUCCUCCUUUCCCUCCCACCUGUCUGCUUCGCCCUCCAGUCACUUUUUGAGAUUUUCAAUAUGAAAAAAUAAGAACACUAAACAAAUCAAAUGAACGAACGAACGAAAGGACAGGCUUGAAAAAAGGACACCUGAAAUCUUUAUUUUUUUUUGACCGUGCGCUCAUCUCUUAAAAGACGGAACCCAGCAGGUUUAAGCCCUUGUUUGACCCUCGG